AUGAAAGAACAUUAUAAGAUUGCAGCUGCUGAUCCAACUCAUAAAGAGAAGGCAAUUCCUGGUAUAUUACCAAACGCUGAUAAUCUCUAUCUGAAAAUGGAAAAGCCUACCAAUAAAGCAUUAUUCUUGCUGAUCUUGGAUAUAGUCAUACUGUCCUUUGAUCCUGCUCUUGAUACACCUGUAGAGAUUUUGCAUACUGUGGCUCUUGGAGUUUGCAAAUAUCUUGUUAAUCAUCUGUUCAAGGAAGUUUUAAAGGGCAACACUGCUUCACAAGUAAAGUUAUCUGAUUUGCUGGAGCAAAAAAAAGGGUCUAGGGACUUCACAAGAACUUUCAGAAAGAAGCUUAGACAUAGUGGGUCUUACCUUGGCAAGGAGUUCAAGAUUCUGGUGCAAGUCUUGCCACCUAUUCUUAACACUGAAUUUACUGACAACACUGAAGUUAAGGUCGAUUCUGAUUUUGAUCAAUAUCUCAACAAUGUUGAUAAUACUGCUUGUCGUCUUGUCAAGCCUUUGUACGAAUAUGAUAUAUAUGCCAACACUAAGUUCAGCUUGACCCUGAAGACGCACCUUCUGCUGCACUUGAAAGAAGACAUCAAGAGGUUUGGUUGUGCUCUCCACUUUGAGACUGAAAAGGGUAAACAAUUCAAUAAGUUCAUCCGGACUCAUUUGGUGUACUCAAACCGUCAUGCUGAUAACAGGGAUCUUGCCCUUAAGUUUGGAAAGCAGGACAUGCCCAGACACAUUGCCAGUGGAAGCUCAUGGAUUGACAAAUGUGGAUCUGAUAUCUUUGCCUUACUUCAUGAUCAAGGAAUCAAAUUUUCCGACAAUUUCUUUGGCAAACACCAGGAAUUCGUGGAUAACAAUCACGUGAAAACAAAGAUAGUUGCUGGUGUCUCUGUCGCAUUUUCUUACAGUAAUAAUGCUAACAGAAUGUUUGUUGGAAGGGUGGUGGAAAGUAAUAGUGUUUUGCGCAUUCAGCAUUACCAGCUCUUCUCGCCUAAUCUGAACUUGGUAACAGUCGGAUGCCAGCCCAUUGAACAUUACUGCAAUUUGGAAGACGUUAAAAUUGAAUGCAUGCUACAUCUGACUUCAGGCUCAGAGACCCAAAAUUAUCAUUUUUAUACAAGAAUUUCUCUUGGUGUGAUACACUCUAUUCUACCUCUAAAAAAUUAUAUCUUACAAAAGUCACAUGAUAUAUAA